AUGCCUCUCACAAUCUUUGUGCUGCCGUAUGUUCGUGAUAGCCGCGGGCAAAGUCCGCGUCCGUCUAUUUGCAGAUAUGUCGGUGAUGCUCGAGGGGAUUAUUACGGCGAAAGCGCCGGCUCCUUUAUGGUCAAGGAGUUCGACUCGUAUGACCAGCUGCAGGAAGUCGUUAAGUUGGCUGCGAUGCCGUUGCCAGAACGCCCCGACGGUAUUGUUUGUGUGGCAAAAAUCACAUCGGCGAAGUACGAGGAUUGUCGAGCGACCGAGGCAGAAUACGAGCGCAUGGCUCGAAAGAAUCCUUCUACGAUAUUCAUGAGAUGUUUUGCCGAGUACGAAAACGCUGAUUUAUUGAUCUCGCAAGCGAAUAUUAAUGUGUGGCCUACCUUUGAUCUGUUCUAUCAAGGAAAUCGUGUGGCGCGUAUUGAAGGUAGUAAUCACGUAGAAGUGGAAGAACUGUUGGAACGUUACCAGUUUCAGAAUUCCAAGUUGGAUCUGUUUAGCGAAGUCUCUCCAGAACCUUGGGGCGACGGUAAAGUCCGUGACGCAACCAGAACGCCCCGAACAACCAACAGAUUUGUACCCGGGUAUGACUGGGGUUCAGAUCGAGGAUUCUUUGACGAUGCGGCCGAUAAAGCACAAUCAGAUUUUGAGGAUACCUUCGGCAAUUGGCUGCCAAAUACCGACGACAAGUAA